AUAAUCUCGCGGGAGAAUAAUCUCGUUUUAUAUCGCGAGAGCUUGGUUUCACUGUAUUUUCCAACAUGGCUGCCGAACACUUUGGAUUUUCUGGUGAACUUUGGGGAAACGGACCGAGUCCUGGCGGUUUUUACAGCACGCCUGGCGGGACAACAACCCCGCAGCAUGGACCUACAAAGCAUACACUCCACCCCAUGACCAUGGGUACAUCAGUGUUGGGAGUGAAGUUUGACGGAGGAGUGGUGGUGGCGGCCGACAUGCUCGGUUCCUACGGUUCGCUGGCGCGGUACCGUAACAUCUCCCGCGUCAUGAAGGUCAACAACACGACGGUCCUGGCCGGGGCGGGCGACUACGCAGACUACCAGUUUCUCAAGGAAGUCCUGGAUCAAAAAAUCAUAGAUGACGAGUUGCUAGGCGAUGGACAUUCCUUCUCGCCCAAGGCCAUUUUCUCGUGGCUGACGCGUGUGAUGUACAACCGUAGAACAAGGUUCAACCCGCUCUGGAACCAGGUGGUCAUUGGUGGAUUCAACAACGGCGAGCCAUUCCUGGGCUAUGUGGACAAGAUAGGAGUUGCCUAUGAAGCACCUACAAUAGCAACAGGAAUGGGGGCAUACAUGGCACAGCCACUUCUAAGAGAUGCCCUUGAGAAGAAGCCGAACAUGUCCCAGUCCGAGGCGCUGGAGUUACUGGAGAGAUGUCUGAAGGUCCUGUUCUACAGGGAUGCCCGGUCCUUUAACAAGUUUGAGUUUGCCAUAGUGACAGCAGCAGGAGUGGAGAUUCUACAGCCCAGGUCAGCUGAGGCCAACUGGAGCAUUGCACAUCUCAUCAAGGGUUAUGAGUGAAGAUACAACAUGAAGAAUGCUGACAACUGAUACUUUCUUAAGGAAAACUGCAGCUUUAGACUUUAAGAAAUUUGAUAAGGAAAAGGUCUCCUCGGCACAAAUGUCUUUCACUCAGUUCAUCAUCUUUUUUCUCUCAUAUAUAUCAUGUACUAUUUUCCAUGAUAACUGAAAAUUAAAUCAACCGAAAGUUUUUGUCAAAGUAGAUGUAUGUAUUAUAGAAUAGUUGACCGUUCUUUCUGCAUUGUGAACAUGGUGGGAAAUUUCAAAAUGAAACAAUAAAGAAACGUCUAGAAGUCAAA